AUGGAUGGUACGAAAAAGACUUCUGAAAUGCCGAUGUCAACCUUUAUCUUAACCAACUAUCUCUUUCAGAGUACUGCCGGCAUUGAGAAAUCACACUGCGCAAUCGUAUUUCCUGGCCAAGGGGCACAAUAUGUUGGAAUGGGGAAAGAUUUGUAUGCUACUUUCGCAUCUGCACGCGAAGUGUUCGAUGAAGCAGAUGAUGCUUUGGGUGGUGGCCUUAAAAAGCUAGCUUUUGAGGGACAACAGGAAAAGUUAAAGUUAACUGAGAACGCUCAACCAGCUAUCUUGACUACAUCAGUGGCUAUUCUACGUGUGUUAGAAUCAUUAAUUAAGGAGGAAUUUGGCUUCGAUAUUGGUUCGGCUUGUUCCUAUGCACUAGGCCAUUCGCUUGGUGAAUACUCAGCAUUAGUCGCGACGAAAUCGCUGUCUUUAUAUGAUGCAGUCAAGCUUGUCAGGUUACGUGGAGAGUCUAUUUCGAAGGCAGUUGCGCAACAUAAAGUUAGUACAGCCAUAUCCGCCCUUGUCGUAAGUGGAAACAAUCUAGAUAAACUUGAGGAAUCAAUGGAAGAAAUACGCGCCAACUUACCUGAUGGCGAGUUGGUAGAAUUGGCCAAUAUCAAUAGCGUAUGUAUUCUGUUGGCAGCCAAUAAUUAUGUACUGACGAUGAAGAUACUGACAGUAUCGUUAAUUCAGUCUUUUCAGGUAGUGAUCAGUGGAACGACCCGUGGAGUUGAUGAUGCAUCACGCAUUUUGCAAUCGAAGCAAAUAGCGGCGCGUGCUGUUGACCUUCCUGUAUCAGCUCCAUUUCACUGUGUCCUUAUGCAGCCAGCCGCUGAUCUGAUGGUGGACGCCCUUACGGAAACCAAAUUCAAACAACCAAUUGUCCCGAUAAUAUCCAACGUUACGGCUAAACCAAUAACUUCCAUUGCCGAGAUACCUUCGCUAUUGGUUCGGCAAAUUACUGCGACUGUUCAAUGGCAAAAAAGUAUUAAAUACUGUAAAGAACGUGACAUAGACAGUUUUAUUGCUUUUGGUCCCGGGAAGGUAUUGGCAAAUCUUCUCAGGAAAGAAUAUCCUAUGGAUCUUGUCCGGUCGAUGGCAAAUGCGGAAGAUAUUAUGUCCCAUGCCAGUGAACUAGUGACCAAAAAUUCCGAUUCCUA